AAAACAAAUUGUCCUUAGUACACAUACUAAUCCAUUACAUAAUACUUCAAUUUAUUUUACUGUGUUUUUUAUAAUAAUAAUUAUUAUUAUCAUAAUAAUAUGAGAUUCAUAUGAAAUGACAUUGCAUCCCGUAUGGUGUCAAUUUAAACUGUCCACGCUUAAUCAUUAUUAUUGUUGAGUUGAAAACUGUUUUCCCAUCAUUAUUUAUGUUGCAGUGUUUUUCUUAGUAGUGCAAAUAAACACUCACCACGAACAUUUCUUUCUUCGUCAUCACGUGACUGGGGGAAUAGCUGCUUAAUCUUCAUACCAGGACUUGCAUAUUUUAGGAUAGCUUUGUAAAUCUGUGUCAACUGGACUCCCUCUUUAGAUGCGCAGUUUCAGCGCCAGCUCAAACCUAAGAGACCUACUGGUCGCUGUCCAUGGUGCUGACCCCCCUCCUCAAGUUAGACUGGUGUUAGUUGAGUCGGGAGCCCACUUGUUGCACACUGCCAGCGUGGCACUAAAACAUUGCUGCUAAUGUGUGCAUUUCACACGGCUUUUUGUGAGUUAUUAUUCUGGACUGGUUUGCGCAUGCGAAAAUGCGAGCUUAAGCCACUUGCUGAUGGACGCGCGGAGAGCAUCUCGAUGCGCGCAGCACGAUACGCGCGUUUUUACAUAAACAGGACACCUGAGCCCCGGUCACACGGAUCGACUGCUUUUAUAUCCCGCUCCCCCCGUUACGCUUCACGCAACGCGCCGUGCGGAGGGACCGGUGUCCACCUGUGAUCGCGCGCCUUUCUCCCGCCGACGCCGAGGAUGAAGAAGCAAAACAUCCGGACACUGUCGCUCAUCCUCUGCAUGUUCUCCUACCUGCUGGUCGGCGCCGCGGUGUUCGACGCGCUGGAGUCGGAGACGGAGACCUCCCGCAGACGCAUCUUGGAGCAGAAGCGCAACGAGAUGAAGAAGAAGUACCGCUUCUCCGAGGUCGACUACUGCGAAAUCGAACGAGUGGUGCUGCAAGCUGAGCCCCAUCGCGCGGGGAGACAAUGGAAAUUCGCUGGCUCUUUUUACUUUGCCAUAACAGUCAUCACCACCAUUGGUUAUGGUCAUGCAGCACCGGGCACGGAUGCAGGAAAGGUCUUCUGCAUGUUCUACGCUGUACUGGGAAUCCCUCUCACAUUGGUCAUGUUCCAGAGCCUGGGAGAAAGGAUGAACACCUUUGUCCGCUAUCUCCUACAUAAGGCCAAGCAGUGCCUGGGCUGUCGACGCACUGAGGUGUCCAUGGAGAACAUGGUCCUGGUGGGCUUCCUGUCCUGCAUUGGAACACUGUGCGUUGGGGCCGUGGCCUUCUCCCACUUUGAGAGAUGGAGCUUCUUCCAUGCCUACUACUACUCCUUCAUCACACUCACCACUAUUGGCUUCGGCGAUUUUGUGGCCCUGCAGAAGAAGGAGGACCUCCAGGAGAAAACGCCCUACGUGGCGUUCAGCUUCAUGUACAUCCUGGUGGGGCUGACUGUCAUCGGGGCCUUCCUGAACUUGGUGGUGCUUCGCUUCCUCACCAUGAACACGGAGGACGAGCGGAGGGACGCUCAGGAGAGAGCGUCCCUGAAGCGGGACAGAGGCCUCCUGGACGGUUCCGUGGGCCUCUGCGUUGUAGGCGAACCGAGCAGAGGCUGCCAACGAGAGAAGAACAGGAGCCGCAGCCACAGCACGCUCUUCCUCCCGAUGGAGGAUGGAACCAGCUGCACCAACCUCAUCGCUUCCCCAGCGCAGGAACAGGAGAGGCAGAGAAGCCCCUGCAGAGACAGGCUGCAUUUUCAGAGCGAGGCGGGCCGACGCAGGGCCAAGUCGAGCCUCGGCUCCCUCUGCUCCUGUGUGUGCUACCGUUUGGGCAUCUGCGAUAGUCCCCUCGUGUCCCGUGGUGAGCACCCCGGCGGCCACAUCAACUCCGUUUACUGCAACUCCGUCUCCUACAGGAUCCAGGGCGGCUUGCCGGGCUCCGGGGACAACACGGCGCUCUCUUCCCCGGGAAGCACGCCUUCACCGGGGCACAGCUUCCGGGGGUUCCCUCGUUCGAGGAGAAAGUCCGUGUAAAGGGGGCACCACAGCGUCUGCACAUGCUGUAAGCUGCCUUUUACAAUGACACUGCACCUGGUGCAUGUCAGAAGACACUGAUCGUCUUAAAUGAAGAGGUCAUCGUUUUAGUUUGUUAAGCAAUUUCUUGCCCUCUUUCACCAUGAUAUUAUUUAUGUUAGUGAUUCUACUCAGUUCCUCGCAUUGAAGCGAGAGUGCAUGCUAAAGAGUGGAACAAUAAGUGCCAUGUACAGAUGCAAGCAGUUGGGCCUUUUAAAGUAUUUUGGAUAUAGUGCUUAUUAACAACUGCAUAACUUAAGGAAUGUUCCUCAUAGACUGUUCUUGCAUGAGACAAAAUCCAACACUUUUCACGUUAUAUAAAGAUGUCAGCUUACUUUUCUAUUAAAAAGCCCUAAAUAACCUUCACCAAGCACGUGAGAAAUGUGUCUUCUUAGCUCAGUCAGUUUACUAAAUCCUUUUAUUACUUAUAAUGGAGGAGUCCAAACAACUUUGUUGUUCAGCAUUAAUGCAUUCUAGUAUAAAGAUAUCACGCUUGUUACAUGACUGAUUCAAAUGUAAUGGAUUGUAGCACAACAGAUACGUAGCAGGUUACUAAUAAACCUCCCCAUAUCAAGUAGGGAGGUGAUGUUUCCAUGUACACAUGGUUUGUAGUCAGAUUUGAAGCGGGUCCCUUAUAGUUUUCUUAAAUUAAGGCAAAGGACCGUUAAAUGUCUUUAUUUGAAUCACAGUAUACUGAAUUAUUAAACAACACACUUCAAUGAGAUUCAUUUUUCUUCCUGUUUUAUUUGUUUUUUUCAUCAACAGAAACAUUUGCACAGAUGAGAAAAUGGAGAGUUGUACUACUUUUAUUUUUAUGGUAUUAUAUUCAGUAACGGAUUUACAAGUCUGUUGGUUUGUUACUAACACUCAUGUUUUCUUAAAGGACAUUUAAAUGCAGCACUUUAUUGUUGUUUUACCUCUUUUAAUUCUAGACCUUUUGAGGUAUGGAAUUCAUGACCGAAUGGACACGAACAACCAAAAUAAAAGAAGGAAAUGCCUACCUUCUCAGGAGAGAUUUUAAAUUAAACAUCACAGCUUUGUUACUAUCACAAGAUUACAUUACACCAUAUCUCUUAAUGUCUGCACCUCCAGUCGCUAUUUUAACAAAAAAAUCGGUUGACACGAAUAGAAAGCUACACUACCUAUAAAUGUAAAACUGACAGGAUAAUAGAACGUGAAAUGAUGAUUGGUUGUGAAACGCCGUCUUUGGUUUGCGUGGAAACAAACGUUUCUUCUCUUCCCCACUUUCAAAUGUUCAUGAUUUUCAUCAUUGUUUAUGAACUCAUGAGAGAGACAAAAAAAAUAAUUAAGACACAAUAACUUUGACAAGGGGGCCCUCUACAGGUGAUGUAUCUCUUUGGGGGAGUUUAAAGGAAGCAAAGUCUCAACGAGUCACAUAUGUCUCCACUAGAGGACAGUGUGUGUCCACGCAGCAGCAGUGAGGUGUUUCAUUCUGACACAGUGAACAGAAAUAUAGCAACGUGCUUCAUGGAAGUCCUGUUUUUGCCCUUAAGCCCUAUUUGGAACAUUGAGUUGUAGGAAUUAAGGGUCCAUUAAAGUGUAAACACGGGGGCUUCGAGCCGUCAGGGGCCCGUUGAUCUCUCGUCCAGAUCAUCACGGCACUACUUCACACACGUCAAUGUAAGUCAAGUCAACAAUUUACAUACAACCCCGCCCCUGUUUGUCAUUGGGUUGCAUUGAUCUGCAGACAAGUGACUUAAUUUCCUAAUGCGUAUGACAGGAGAUCGUUUGAUAUCUUUUAUUUUAUUUUGCGCAGCAAAGCGUUACUAAAUACACAAUUAAUAAAUUCAGUCACACGGUGGAAAAACUAUCUGCUUACGUGCUUACUGCAGCUCUUCUGUGUUGUACCCUGCAUUAUGCACGGGUCCAGUGCAUUAGUUCUAAGUGAUUUUGUUUUUGCAAUUUAUGGAACUUUGUUUAAGCGGAUGAGCCCUGGUGUGAAUGUGGUCAUGUGACACCACACAAUCAGAAGCAACGCGUCUUUUAGGUGUGAUGUAUUGUUGCGAGGCUUUAGAAAUGAAGGAUUCUGUAUUUGCUCAUAAACGGUUUAUUUGGCCAAUGGUUUGAUAACAGACUGCUGCCAGCUCAGUGUUUUCCAUCAUUAAAACAGAGAUGCACCC